CUUUCAACCUUUGCUCCAACAAGUUAACGUUUCACCAGGUAACUGUACUGCAGUACAAAUUCUUGGAUUUGCCUUGUGGGAGUAUAUAAAGGGACGAUAUCUCCAAUCCCUGUUCCUGUAGCAUCUCCACUCGACACCAUGGGAAAGGGCUUUUAUGUAAGCAAGCUCAUAGCCUUUGUUGCCAUCUUUUUUGUCAUAGCUGCAGUGGCUACAAUCAUUGCACUAUCGGUAGUUUAUGCUAAUGAAAAGUCAAAUAAUAAUAAAGAAGAAAAUGGGGGAUCUUCAACCACCGCCACCACCACCACCACCACCACUGUCUCCACCACCACCACCACCACAUCGAAUCCUACCACACCUGUAUCAAAUGAACCUUGGGACAAGUACCGGCUUCCAAAGACUCUGAUACCUGAUCACUAUGAUGUUGAUCUCAGACCUGUCUUGGAAAAGGACACUCGUGGACUUUAUGUCUUUCAUGGAAAAAGUGUUGCACACUUCAGAAGUGUAACUCCCACCAAUCUUGUUAUUAUCCACAGCAACAGACUUAAUUAUACUAAUAUUGUGCUCAAGGAUAAUGCAGAUCGAGACAUCACCAUAAAUAGCAACUUCAUAGUGCAGAGGACCACAUACCUGGUGCUGCAACUUGCUCAGAGUCUGCAAAGUGGUAACACAUACAAGCUUCACACAGAAUAUAUUGGAGAACUGGCAGAUGACCUGGCAGGAUUUUACCGCAGUGAAUAUGUGGAAGAUAAUACAACCAAGAUUAUUGCCACCACCCAAAUGCAAGCACCCGAUGCAAGGAAGGCAUUCCCAUGCUUUGAUGAGCCAGCAAUGAAAGCAACUUUCAGCAUCACCCUCAGAUACAAGCCCGGCUAUGUGGCACUCUCUAAUAUGAAUCAUAAUAGUAUUACCACUGAAACGUGGGGAGGACAGUCAUGGGAGGUCAAAGUGUUCGAUAGAACUCCAAAGAUGUCCACCUACCUUGUGGCCUUCAUAGUCUCAGAGUUCACAGCAAUUGGUGAUGACAGGGUAAAAAUUUGGGGACGUAAAAAAGCUAUUGUAGAUGAGAAACAAGGGGACUAUGCACUGAAUGUCACAAAGCCAAUUCUGGAUUUUUUUGAGAAAUAUUAUGGGGUUCCUUACCCUCUGCCAAAAUCAGACCAGGUAGCUUUGCCUGAUUUCAGUGCUGGAGCCAUGGAGAACUGGGGGCUGGUGACAUACAGAGAAACCGCUCUUCUUUGGCACCCAUUGGAGUCUUCCAUCGGCAACAAGGAGAGAGUUGUCUCAGUUAUUGCUCACGAACUUGCUCAUCAGUGGUUUGGGAACCUUGUGACAAUACGAUGGUGGAAUGACCUUUGGCUGAAUGAAGGUUUUGCCUCUUAUGUGGAAUAUCUGGGAGCGGAUAUUGCAGAACCCACUUGGAAUUUAAUAGACCUGUCAGUACUGUAUGAUGUACAUAGAGUGAUGGCAGUCGAUGCCUUGGUCUCUUCCCAUCCUCUUACAUCAGAUGAAGCUGAAGUGAAUUCCCCAUCAGAAAUAAGUGGGCUAUUUGAUUCCAUUGCCUAUAGCAAGGGUGCAUCAGUUAUUAGGAUGUUGUCCUCAUUUCUCACUGAAGAACUUUUUGUUCAAGGACUGGCUACCUACCUGAAAGCUUUUGAAUAUGACAGUACGGUAUACACUGACCUAUGGACUCAUCUACAAGCGGCUGUAGAUAAACAGAACAUUGUAACAUUUCCUCCUAAUGAAAAUGUUAGCACCAUCAUGGACACCUGGGUCUUACAGAUGGGUUUCCCUGUGGUAACAAUAGAUACAGCAGCAGGUGCUUUAAGGCAGCAGCACUUCCUUCUAGAUCCGGACUCAAUCGUCACUCGCCCAUCACCAUUUGAGUACCUCUGGAAGGUACCUAUUACCUAUCUUAAAACAAAUGGAGACAGAGGAAAUUGGUGGUUCAGAGGACGCCUUGACCAAAAUGAUGUCUUUAGGGUAUCUGGAAAUGACUGGCUUCUGGUUAACCUUGAUGUCACUGGAUACUACAGGGUUAACUAUGACGACAGGAAUUGGGACAGACUCCUAAAUCAGCUAGACACUAACCUCACAGCAAUUCCUCUCAUCAACCGUGCUCAGAUCAUUGAUGAUGCCUUUAAUUUAGCCAGAGCUAAAUAUGUUAGCACGGCAAGAGCACUUGACACUACCAAAUUCCUAUCCAAGGAGGUUGAGUAUAUGCCUUGGCAGGCAGCCCUGGGCAGUCUCAGCUACUUUGUACAGAUGUUUGAUCGUGCAGAAGUGUACGGACCAAUGAAGGCUUACAUGGUACAGCAAGUUAAACCAUUGUUUGAGUACUUCAGGAACAAGACAAAUGACUGGGCCAACAGACCAGCAACUUUAACAGAGCAAUACAAUGAAAUAAAUGCAGUCAGCACAGCCUGCACCCAUGGUAUUAAGGAAUGUGAAGAGCUAGCGGUUAAACAAUUCAGUGACUGGAUGACAACUGGUGUAAACAGAAUUCAUCCCAACCUGAGAAACGCCAUCUACUGCAAUGCAAUAGCAAAAGGGGGAAUAGAAGAGUGGAACUUUGCUUGGCAAGAGUACAAAAAGACAGAUAAUGCACAGGAAGCAGAUAAACUGAGAGCAGGUCUGGCCUGCAGCAAAGAACCCUGGAUCCUUAAUAGACUGCUAGAAUAUGCCCUGGAUGGCACAAUUCGGAAACAAGAUGCCAUUUCUACAGUUUCAAAUGUUGCCAACAAUGCAGUUGGUCAGACCCUUGCCUGGGAUUUUGUCAGAGCUCACUGGAAGACAUUCCUUGACUACUUUGGAGGUACCAUAUCUUCCUUUGGUAACCUGAUUACAGGAGUGACUAGAAGAUUCUCAAAUGAUUUUGAUCUGCAGCAGCUUGAACAAUUUAAAAAGGAUUAUGAAGUAAUUGGUUUUGGCACAGCUUCACGAGCUUUGGAACAAUCAAUAGAGAGGACCAAGGCAAACAUCAAGUGGGUAAACGAAAACAAAAAGAUAGUUAAGGAAUGGUUUGAAGGUGCAGUAGUAAAUCCAUAAAAGUGUAAACCACCACAGCUACCUGAUCAUUGUGAAGAUCAAGUUUACCAGCCACAUGUGCCUUCUACAGACUGCCUGCUGUUCUCCACAAUUUAUAAACCCACAAUGACAACAAU